CAUGUUUGUCGAGAAGAAAACAAACAUGUGAACAAAGAUGGCGAUCCCCCUCGGCCUGGCAUGGUUUCGUGGGUUGGCAGUUCGAACUGUCAACACUCCGGCUCUCAGAAAGCAUGGGUCACUCCUACCAGCAAGAAGAUUGUAUAUCACUACAGCGACCAGGAAUAACGUCCAUUUCAAGCUGGAUGAAAGGACUGCACAUAGCAGUCUGGACCUCUUCAAGAAAGACACAGGUGUUAUCUACCGCAUCCUGGGCCUGCAUGCCAGUCGUGUCCAGCAUAACCAGGAGCGCUUCCGGGAGUGGGCGGUGGUGUUUGGGGAUGAAGAGAUCACGAAUGGACGCCAUUACUGGGAGGUGACUGUUAAGAAGUCCCAGGAGUUCCGACUGGGCGUGGCUGAGGCAUUGAUGUCUCGAGACGACUGCGUGGGCUCUGACAGCUCCUCCUGGGUGUUUGGUUAUGUCCAGCGCAAGUGGUUUGCCAUGACCACCAAUAAGAUGGUACCUGUCCCUCUGGUAGGUAAGCCUGAACGUGUGGGCAUCCUGUUGGACUACGAGGCUGGUGUGCUGGGCCUUGUGGACAUCCAGAAACCUCAGGUCAUUUACACCAUCAAGGCCAAGUUCAGGGGUCCUCUCUGCCCAGCCUUUGCUCUGUGGGAUGGAGAGCUGCUCACCCACUCUGGCAUUGAGGAGCCUCAGGGCUUGAAAUGAUGCAAAAGGAACUCUGGUAGUGGGACUGGGGAGGGGAGUG